CAACAUUGGUGAGGUCUCUCUCAGUAGAAUGGCGACCUUACUCAGGACAGUCGCGAGAGCAAAACAUUUACUUGCUGUUUCUCGCCAUACUAGGAAGAUUGUCCAGCCAUCGUGUUUGAUUUCAACAUCGAAGAAAAACAAAGAGGAAAUAAGUGCAACGGUCGAAAAUGUCAGCAGUAAAGAGGAAGAACUAAGGCAGUUGGAAGAGCACUUUGCAAAUCAGGAUCCGAAUUCACCCAAGAAUUAUGUUUCCUAUGGCUGGAGUACAUAUGACCAGGAAUAUGACCAAUUCAGUCACAACAUGGUAUUAUUCACUGGUAUAACUCUGAUGGUGAUUAUGGUUUUCUUCCUCUCCUACUGCCCUGAUCAUAAAUUAAGGAAUUGGUCAAUGCGAGAAGCACAUUUAGAGCUGGCAAGAAGAGAGAAGCUUGGUCUCCCCUUAAUUGACCGUAAUGUUGUGGAUCCCUCCAAGGUCAUAUUACCUUCUGAGGAGGAAUUAGUAGGGGUUAAAAUUCGUUUAUAAAAAACUCGUAAAUUGUACAUAGAUUGUGUUUUGUAAUGGAUUAUGAGAGAUUGAUAGAAAGAAAAAUAAUAAAAGGAUAAAAUAUAAAA